AAUUACAUAAAAAGUAGAAAGCAAGUUGAUCAAUGGAGAUGGGGCGUUUAUGUUGGUGCAUUAUUAUUUUGGUCUGGGUUCAAGCAUCUAUGAUCACUGGGUGCUUUGGUUGUUUGGAGGAAGAGCAAAAUGCUCUUUUCCUACUCAAAGCCUCCAUCAAGUACCAAUCGUUUUUAGCAUCUUCGAACUUAAUCAACAAAGAGAGUACUACUGAUUGCUGCAAUCGGGAUAGUACUGUCCAGUGCAGCAACAUUACAGGCCGUGUAACCCAUAUUGAUCUCUAUGGGUAUGUCUAUGGGUACUCGAGGGAUUCGUGGAGUGGAUCAAAAUAUUGUUACUUGAAUACCUCUUUGUUGCUUCCCUUUCAAGAGCUCAAGUCUCUGGAUUUGGGUUACAAUAAUAAAUUUAGGGUAUCGAAAGAAGGUUUGGAAAGAUUGUCUGGGUUGAGCAAGCUAGAGGAGCUUUACCUGCGUUCUAUUCCCUUAAAUGAUAACCUCUUGCCAUCCCUUACCAAGAUUGCUACGCUCAAGAUAUUAUCUUUGUUUGCAAUCCAGGAAUGGGAUUAUGAAGCUAAUAAUAUCCAAGAGCUAGGAAAGCUAAAGAACCUACAAGAGUUGUAUUUGGAUUUUUCAUCCAUUGACAAAAGCUUUCUUCACAAAGUUGGAGUGAUGACUUCUCUUAAUGUAUUAAGCAUGACAAGGUGUGGACUCAAUGGCAGCUUACCCAACCAAGGUAGAAACUUGUUUUUUUCCAAUGUAUUGUUGAUCAUAAUUAAUACUCAUUACAUAAUUAAAAAUCUGCUUAUUUUACAAGUUGGUGUGAACUCAAGAAUAUACAAGAGUUAG